AUGUCGAUCCAGUCUCUCCGUAUCCUCCUCAUCGGCAACGGGGGCAGAGAGCACGCCCUGGCCUGGAAGCUGAGCCAGUCGCCCCGCGUCGAGUCCAUCAUCGCAGUCCCUGGCAAUGGCGGCACCGCGACCUGCCCCAAGGUGACCAACAAUGCCGCCGUGUCCGCAGAUAACUUCCCUGCCCUCGUCGCGCUGGCGCAGCAGAGUCGUGUGAACCUUGUCGUCCCGGGCCCCGAGGCUCCCCUUGUCGACGGCAUCGAGUCCUACUUCGCCAAUGCGGGCAUCCCCUGCUUCGGCCCUUCCAUGGAGGCUGCUCGCAUGGAGGGCAGCAAAACCUUCUCGAAAGACUUCAUGAAGCGCCACAACAUUCCAACAGCCGCAUAUGAGAACUUCUCCGACUACAACAAGGCCAAGGAGUACAUUGACUUGGUGCAGCAUGACAUAGUCAUUAAGGCGACCGGUCUAGCAGCGGGCAAGGGUGUUAUCAUCCCCACCACCAAGGAGGAGGCUCAUGAGGCGUUGAGGCAGAUCAUGCUGGACAAGGCGUUUGGCACUGCUGGCAACGAGGUUGUCAUCGAGGAGUUCCUCACCGGCGACGAGCUGAGCAUUCUGUCGUUCUGCGACGGCUACACGAUCAAGUCGCUCCCGCCGGCGCAGGACCACAAGCGCAUCUUUGACGGCGACCAGGGCCCCAACACCGGCGGCAUGGGCUGCUACGCUCCUACUAACAUCGCGACCAAGGAGCUCAUCGAGCGCGUUGAGCGCGAGAUCCUGGAGCCCACCAUUGCUGGGAUGCGCAACGAGGAGUACCCCUUCAGGGGCGUCCUCUUCACCGGGCUCAUGAUCGGCCCUGCUGGACCCAAGGUCCUGGAGUACAACGUUCGCUUCGGCGACCCGGAAACCCAGACGGUUCUCCCCUUACUGUCCGAGGACACUGAUCUUGCUGAGGUCAUGCUUGCAUGCGCCAAGGGCUGGCUCAGCAAGGUCGAUAUCAAGGUGCAGCCCAAGUUCAGCGCCACCGUCGUGGUUGCUGCUGGCGGCUAUCCUGGAUCAUACGCCAAGGGCACUCCGAUGAAGGUUGACACGCCCGCCCCAGGCAGCGGGAUCACCGUUUUCCACGCGGGAACCAAGCUAGUUGGAGAGGAGCUGCAGACCGCAGGCGGCAGAGUCAUUGCUGCCAAUGCCACCGGAGCAACGCUCGAGGAAGCUGUUGCGAAGGCUUACAAGGAGGGCAUCAAGCUCAUCAACUUCGAGAGCAUGUUCUACCGCAAGGAUAUCGCUCACCGCGCCUUCCGAAACCAGGCACCUGCUGCGAGAGAAUCCCUUACCUAUGCCCAGGCCGGCGUCAGCAUUGAGGCUGGCAAUGAGCUCGUGGAGCUUAUCAAGAAGGCCGUCAGGGCAACGAGGCGGCCGGGUGCAGACGCUGAGAUCGGUGGCUUUGGUGGUGAGGUCGAUCUCGCUGCUGCUGGCUAUGCCAACGCCCCGGUCAUCGUCGGUGCCAUUGAUGGUGUUGGCACGAAGCUGAUGAUUGCCCAAGCUAUGGAGAAGCAUGACACGGUCGGCAUUGAUCUAGUUGCGAUGAACGUCAACGAUCUCGUUGUCCAGGGCGCCGAGCCCCUGAUGUUCCUGGACUACUACGCAUGCAGCACGCUCACCCCCGCCGACGCCGCCUCCUUUGUUCAGGGUGUAGCUGCGGGCUGCCAGGACGCCAACUGCGCCCUUGUGGGUGGCGAGACGGCCGAGAUGCCGGGUAUCUACCACGGACAGGACUACGACGCAGCGGGUGCCGCUAUUGGCGCCAUGUAUGCCAACCAGCGUCUUCCCAAGAUUGACGCCAUGGUCGAGGGAGAUGUGCUCCUCGGCCUAGCAUCAAACGGUGUUCACUCAAAUGGUUUCUCGCUGGUCCGUCGGAUCGUCGAGAAGACCGGCCUAUCCUACUCAGACCCCGCCCCUUGGGACUCAAAAGCCACUGUUGGCGAGAGCCUCCUGACGCCCACGAGAAUAUACGUCCGACCCUUGCUAAAGGCUCUUUCACAGACGCAGGCCAUCAAGGGUCUUGCUCACAUCACAGGCGGUGGAUUCACGGAGAACAUCCCCCGCAUGCUUCCCAAGUCUCUUGCUGCAGAGGUCGACGUGGGCGUGUGGGAUGUGCCGGCCGUGUUCAAGUGGCUCAAGAAGGCCGGCAACGUGGCGGCGGUGGAGAUGGCGCGCACGCUGAACAACGGUGUUGGCAUGGUCGCAGUUGUGUCCAAGGACGAGGCUGUCAAGGUCACUGAGAUCCUAGAGUCAGCAGGCGAGAAGGUCAUCCAGAUGGGCAGGCUGAUUCCCCGGUCUGGCGAGGGCUGCGUCUACGUGAACCUCGAUAAAUGGGAGUAA